AUGCCAGCUUAUCAUUCUAGUAUAAAAGAUUUCCAGCAACUAACUGGAAAUAUGGCAAUACUACCAAUUAAGUCUCAAUACAAAGGUCCUGCACCUUUGCUCAGCCCUACAGUUGCAGAAAUGGAUAUAAUAGACGAAUCAUUAUCUUUUUUUAAAGCAAAUGUAUUUUUUAGAUCCUACGAAGUUAAGAGUGAAACUGAUCGUGUUGUGAUUUACAUUACUUUAUACAUAACUGAGUGUUUAAAAAAACUUCAGAAAUGUCAAAGUAAAGAUCAAGGAAUGUCUGAAAUGUAUUCAUUGGCACUGUACAGAUUUGAUAUACCCGGAGAGGCUGGAUUUCCAUUAAACUCAGUUUAUGCAAAACCAUCAUCAACUGGUGAAGCAGAUAUUAUGCGUCAAUAUUUGGAACAAUUACGAAAGGAAACUGGCCGAAGAGUUUGCGAAAGAGUAUUUUCAACUGAUGAUGGCAAGCCAUCUAAAUGGUGGCUAUGUUUUGCUCGUAAGAAGUUUAUGGAAAAAUCCUUGCUUGCUCCAGGUCAAUAA